CCAAACACCCCUACGCCGCCGGCGAUGAGUGCGACGCAGCUCUGCGACGCGCUGGCCGCCGCGGGGUUCGACGGCGACGGCCCGCUCGACCCGGACAGCCUCGAGUGGGCGUUCCUCCAGGGGGACGACUCGCGCCGGAUGCUCGCGUGGGUCUCCGCCCGCCUCCGCCCGGGCAACGUCAUCUCCGCCGCCGACCUGGAGCUGUAUGAGCAGCUUGAAAUGGAAGGGAAGUUGUUGGAGGGGGAUGACUUAGAUUUUGCUUUUGAUAGUAUUUCGGCAUUCUCGGAUAAUGGGGAGAACCAGGAUUACACCUUUUUGUCAGAACAAAGUCUUGAAGACAUCCGCGACUCAAAGCUUGCUCUUAGAGCAGAAGUUUCUGAUUUGGAAAAGCAGCUUGCUUCUCUGGAAUGGAAGCUAGAUUUACUUACAGCACAAGCUACAACCAUUACCCAGGGCAAGAAGUCCCGCUCAUCUGCUAAAACUAGAGCUAAUGGACAACUUACUGGAUUAGAUGAGAAAUUUGCUAAAAGAAGUUUAGAGAUGAAUGCAGUUCUUGGGAAACUGGCUGCAACCACCCAGGAGUUAUCUUAUUACCAUUCAGAAGCUGAUAUUGGAGUCUACCUGUCAUACUGUGACUUCCUGUCUUAUGUGAGAAGUAACCUGGGUUGUACGAAGGAACUAAACAGAUGGUUCUCUAAGAAAUUUGAGAAGGGACCACUCCAGCUAGUUGUCAAAGAUGACAAAUCAAGAGGAGAUUUUGUGAACUCUCACCACUGUGUUGUCCAACUGAACCAAAUUAACUCCAUAUUUGCUAAAAGUAAGAUGCGAUACAUAGAAGCACAUGCAGAAUAUGCAAAAGAGGAGGCUAUAGUGUCAACACUAAGAACUCAAUUGGCAUCUCAACAGUCAUAUAUUCAUCAGGAUAGCCAUUCUCUAAGGAGGAAAAGCUCUGAACUUGCUGAAGAACUUAAAGAUCUUUCCCUUAAUGUGCAGAAAUGCUUAUCUGAGACUGUUACAGGCCUGUGUGCAGACCUUGCUCAACUUGCAGGUGCAAAUAUUUUGGAAGGAGGUCACAAUGUGAAGCUUUUGCGCCAGGAAUGCUACAUAAGCCAUCAGAAGAAGUUCAUCAAUUAUCUGGUCAAUCAGCUUGCUGCUCAUCGGUUUCUGAAGAUAAGUUGCCAGCUUGAAAAACGGGCAAAAAUAUCAAGUGCUUAUUUAUUGCUGAAAGCCAUAGAACUGGAACUGCAUAGCUACUUAUCAGCUGUUGAUGUCCGGCUGGAUCGAUAUCAUUCAAUUGAUCAAGCUGCAUCUGAAAUGUUUGAAGAAGGAUCCGUUGAUGACCGUGAUUCUUUUCUUCAUGCUGUGAGGGAUAUUCUUAGCAGUCCCUUGAGUUCUCAAGCAAUGGCACCAACAUACGUUUCAUCGUAUGGUUUGGUCGAGCAGAUAUCGGAGCUGCAAGAUGAGCUUCAGUACCUUCAGCAUGAGGCUGAAAACGUUCUUCCACGUGAGCGAGGAAGAUGCACUGACGAACUAUGCAGGAUGGUCCAAACUCUGGAGCAAAUCUUCGGCGUCCCCCUUUCAGAUGAGCAACCAAAACUGACACCAUGGCCACUGGCUCAAUGGCUUGAAGAACUGGAAACGGUCAGCCAACAGGUCUCUGCCUCUGUUACUGACGUGACACUGGCUCGAUACCAAAAGGCCGAGAUCUUGAGACAGCCUUCACGCAACGCGCAGCAGAAAAGGCAGGUGUUCGUCGAUUUCUUCUGCCGCCCAGGACGACUCGAGAAUGAAGUGAAAGAGCUGGUUUCCCGCGUUAGAGGUCUACCUGAGUAGUCGAGGGAAGUGCGGUCGUCUGCAAGACUGUAAAUGUAUAUUCCUCAGCGUCCUCAAAACACCUCUUUCCUCCGUCGCACCUGUGCAAAUAACACACGCAGCAGAGUUUUAUGGAAAACAAGAAGACAUUGUGUAUGCUCUGCGCGGCAUUAUUACUAUUUAUUUAACCUCCGCGGUCACUCUUUCUCAAUGUCUGCAGAUAUCUCUCUUAAAGGCACAGUCGCAUUUAUUUUUUAUUUUCCUUACUUUGAGAAAUUUUGUAGUGCCACCAGUUUUCCUUGUGAAGUACUGUUCCUGUUUACAGCCAUAUAUGGGGAAAGAGAGUAGUGGGAGACA